AGAAUUUACCCUCAGUCUAGCUGUCAAUGAAUAGGUUAGUGAAGUGAAAAAGAAAUAAAAAUAGAGUUAAUUGUAUUAAUAUUGUUUAUUGAGUUUGUAAAAAUGCCAGGGUGUUGCGUGAAAAAUUGUACUAGUCGUACGUCUUAUAAGAGAACGAAGAAUGUGAGAUAUUUUCGAUUUCCAAAAGACAAAAUUCUUCGUCAGCAAUGGCUUCAAGCCUGUCAAAGAACAGAAACAGAUAUAAAAAUUGAUUAUGCAGUGGUAUGUAGUAAUCAUUUUGAUUCUAAGUGCUUUACUGAUUUUCCAUUUAAUAUCCUAAGAAAAGAUGCUAUUCCAACAAAAAUGUUAAUAUUGGAAAAGAAACAUACACAAUAUACGAAAAGGUAUAAAGGAACUGAAAAUGAACCAUUAAGGACUGGAGUACCAACGUACAAAGAACUAGUUAAAUGUAUUGGACAAGAGAAGCGUUUGCCGCAAGAAGAAAAAAUUAUGCAACACACGGAAGCAGAAACUACAGAAUAUGUAGAAAAUACUGCACCUAAUUAUUUCGAAUGUAUUGAACAAGAGAAGCGUUUGCCGCAAAAAGAAAAAGUUAUGCAACAUACGGAAGCAGAAACUGCAGAAUAUGUAGAAAAUACUGUACCUAAUUAUUUCGAAUGUAUUGAACAAGAGAAGCGUUUGCCGCAAGAAAAAGAAGUUAUGCAACAUACGGAAGCAGAAACUGCAGAAUAUGUAGAAAAUGCUACACCCAAUUAUUUCGAAUGUAUUGAACAAGAGAAGCGUUUACCGCAAGAAGAAGAAGUUAUGCAACAUACGGAAGCACAAAUCGUAGAAUAUGUACAAAAUGCUGCACCCAAUUAUUUCGAAUGUAUUGAACAAGAGAAGCGUUUGCCGCAAGAAGAAGAAGUUAUGCAACAUACGGAAGCAGAAACUGCAGAAUAUGUACAAAAUACUGCACUCAAUUAUUUCGAAUGUACUGAACAAGAGAAGCGUUUGCCGCAAGAAGAAGUUAUACAACAUACGGAAACAGAAACUGCAGAAUAUGUACAAAAUGCUGCACUCAAUUAUUUCGGAUAUAUUGAACAAGAGAAGCGUUUGCCGCAAGAAGAAGUUACGCAAUAUACGGAAGCAGAAACUGCAGAAAAUGUACAAAAUGCUGCACUCAAUUAUUUCGAAUAUAUUGAACAAGAGAAGCGUUUGCCGCAAGAAGAAGUUAUGCAACAUACGGAAGCAGAAACUGCAGAAUGUGUAGAAAAUGCUGCAAUCAGUUAUUUCAUUCCAAUAUGUCCAGCUAUUUUCUAUUAUUAACCUUGUGUAAUCUUGA